AUGCCAGCUGAGACAGACAGCUCUCCGUUAUUCACCCUGUACCCAAUUAGAGCGACCAGCUUACAGCGCUAUUUGCCUGUGACGUUUCUGGAGAAGCUUAUGCGGGUCCCUAGUGUCUGUCCCGAGACCAACAGCUCAAAUCGUCCCCCGGUACCUCAAUUCGUAAACCCGAAGAAGCGAUUUGGCCAGGACGCACACCCCCUUACACACCCCGCGCCUCGUGCCGUCGACUGCACCGCUAACCCCGGCCGAUCCCCCCCCCGGCCUCCGUCGCUUGCGAUCCCCCUCAAUUCCCGCCCGCCGCCCAGCAUGGCCGCCAUGCUCGAGUUUCGCACCCCAGGGUUCAACCCCUACGCGGUCAAGUACUCGCCCUACUACGACUCGCGCAUCGCCGUCGCCUCGGCCGCCAACUUUGGCAUCGUCGGCAACGGGCGCCUCUAUUCGCUCGCGCUCACGGCGCAGGGCGUCCAGGUAGAAAAGUCCUUUGACACAAACGACUCUCUUUACGAUCUCGCCUGGUCCGAAAUCAACGAGAAUCAGCUCAUUGUCGCGUGCGGCGAUGGCUCUCUCAAGCUCUAUGACCUCGGCGUCGACGAAUUCCCCGUCAUGAACUUUCACGAACACAAGCGCGAGACGUUUUCCGUCUGUUGGAAUCCAGUCACCAAAGACACCUUUGUCUCUAGUUCUUGGGACGGCACAGUCAAAAUUUUCUUUCCCCCCCCGGAACAGUGGUCGCCCACGCGAAACUUUUCCAUCAAGACGCUGCCGAUCGGCAACUGCACGUACAGCACCUCGUUCUGCCCGUCCAACCCGGCGCUGAUAUCCGCCGUCUCGUCCGACUCGCACCUGCGGCUGUUUGACCUGCGGACGCCGUCGUCGGCCAAGUACCACCUCGUGGCGUCGAUCCCCGUGCACGCGCCGCCGCCGGGCAUGGGCGGCGUGGGCGUGGGCAGCGGCGCGACGCCAUCGGAGCUCCUCACGCACGACUGGAACAAGUACAACGACACCGUCGUCGCGACGGCCGGCGUCGACCGCGUCAUUCGCACGUUUGACAUUCGCAGCCCCAACGGCGGGCCCCUGGCGCUCAUGCAGGGCCACGAGUACGCCGUCCGCAAGGUCGCGUGGAGCCCGCACGCCAGCGACGUCCUCAUCAGCGCCAGCUACGACAUGACGGUGCGCCUGUGGAACGACGGCGGCGGCUCCGCGGCGCACGGUCCGGCCGCUGGCGCGCGCGUCGGCCGCCAGAUGGGCAUCAUGAACCGACACACAGAAUUUGUCACCGGCGUCGACUGGUGCCUCUUUGGCGUCGGCGGCUGGGUGGCCUCGGUCGGCUGGGACGAGAGGGUGCUGCUGUGGGAUGCCAACAUGCUCAUGGGGCAUAGGUAG